AUGUACUAGUGAGUACUAUAACCAUAAAAAAAAAUCCCCGAUUACUCCCCGAUUUAUUUCCGAUUUUUCGAUAAAUCGCUAGGCGCUGGUCAUCCGCACGCGUUGCGCCUAGCGAGUUUCCGAACAAGGAGUAGAUGUAUAGACACUGUUAACAAAAAAAUAUAUGUAUAAAUAAAUAAAAGAAGAAUAACGAAAAUCGUAUAUGUUAUUAACCAGAUGCAUUAUACGUGGGAAUGAAUUUGGGGACUGCGCAAUAAAGUUUCAGUCUUGCUAGUAUUUCCAAAGACCAACUUUUUUUUUUUGAUCAAUUCCAAAGACCAACUUAAAUGUAAAAACACAGACCUUUUUCAAGUCUACAGAUUUUUUUAACAAAUUAGAGGAGGACGCGUAUCCUUUUUGUCGUUUUCAUCUGAGAAUAUCUUCUUUCCCUCUCUCGUUGUUGCCUUGCCCUCCCACAAAGAUCCAAAAAAGAACUAUAAAGCUAAAAUCUCAGAGAGCCAGAUAGAGUAUUAUAAAGUAGAAGAAACCCUAACAUUAAGUAGCUUUGAAACUCCCUUUGCUGAAUCAUGGCAGCCGUCCCUGAAGGAUAUUACGAAUCCACAAACCCGUUUCUAGUUCACGGGCCAAGAGGUUUUGAGGAGUUCAAGUUGCUUGAGAGUUUUGGCAUGUACGUGAGGAUGGACUUUCCAGGCGUUCCGGAGGAGUGCGUGAGGAUUUCUCUAGACCCGGCGAAGAAAUCUUUGGCUGUCUACGCAGAUGCUCCCAAGGUCCAUAGAUACGACCUCGCUCAACGGAAGUACCUCUCCGUCAUCGAAACCGUCUGCAGUUGCUGCGCGUUCGACCGCUUCACUUACCAAAUGUCAGACGGUGUUUUAAGGCUUCAUCUCUCCAAGUCUAACAUCGAUCAACGUCGCUCUUCCUGCAUCGAGUAUAGGUGA